CAGAAUUCCAUGGCUUGAUGUCAGCAUUUGAUUUGAGCCGCCAAUGUCCCGUCCAUCAGCGGACAGACAGGGCGGUCACAACGGUUUCCAGUGCCAGAGUCUACCCACAACCACAAAAACACUCAGAGUCAUACACACUCACUCACAGGGUGCUGAAUAGCGGAACUGUUCUAUUUUCACUGUGCUGUCUGCGCUUCCGGACGUUAUCUCUCACUGUCUAUCGGUCUCGAACACUACUAAACCCGCUCAACUGACGGGACAGGGGCAUGAGCAUGGCCGUCUUUAGGACACUGUUCCCACGGCUCUUGCUAUUGGUCGUCUGGGUGUCGGAGGUUCGUGGCCUCGGGAGGGAGAGGGUCUACUACGUGGGAAUCAGAGAGAUCAACUGGAACUACGCUCCAAGCGGCAAGAACCUCAUCAACGGGAUAGACAUAGCGGACGAUGAGCAUGCGUCUGUGUUCUUGAUGAGUGGUCCUAUGCGUAUCGGUCGGGUCUAUAAGAAAGCUGUGUACAGACAGUAUACAGACGCCUCCUAUCUCCACGAGAUCCCCCAACCCCCCUGGCUGGGCUACCUGGGACCUGUCCUGCGGGCCGAGGUUGAUGAUGUCAUUAUUGUGCACCUGAAGAACUUUGCCUCGAGGAACUUCUCCAUGCAUCCUCACGGGGUGUUCUACGAUAAGGACUCUGAGGGGGCGCUGUAUCCGGAUGGGACGUCAGGAAGGCUGAAGCAGGAUGACAGUGUUGCCCCAGGGGCCUCGUACACGUACCGCUGGGAGGUGCGUCCAGAGUUCUCCCCCACUGAAGGAGACGCAGCCUGUCUGACCUGGAUCUACCACUCCCAUGUGGAGGCGCCAAAGGACAUCUCCUCUGGGCUCAUAGGACCUCUGCUCACCUGCAAGAAAGGUGUACUAGGAGGGAAGGGCCGGUUGGACGUGGAUCAAGACGUGGUUUUGAUGUUCAGCGUGGUUGAUGAGUCAGUCAGCUGGUACCUGAAUGACAACAUCCAGACAUUCUGUUCUGAUCCUGCCUCUGUCAACCCUGAGGAUGAAGACUUCCUGGAGUCCAACAAGAUGCAUGCCAUUAACGGUUAUAUGUACGGUAACUUGCCUGGCAUGGAACUGUGCCACGCUCGCCCAGUGGCAUGGCACCUGUUUGGAAUGGGCAGUGAAGUGGAUGUUCACUCCGCCUACUUCCAGGGCAACACCCUAUUGGACCGUGGUCACCGUGGUGACACUCUCAGCCUGUUCCCGGCAACCUUCGUCACUGCAUCGAUGGUUCCCUCUGCGAUGGGGAAAUGGCUACUAAGUUGCCAAGUCAAUGACCACUUACAGGCUGGAAUGCAGGCGUUGUAUGAGGUGGCUCCCUGUGAUGGUGAUGUUUCCAACAUCUCAGCAACACCCUCUGUUGGCACAGUGAGGAAGUACUACCUAGCUGCAGAGCAUGUGACCUGGGACUAUGCCCCUAGUGGAGUGGACACACACACCAACCUGUCCCUCACACUGCCAGAGAGUUCAUCUGAAGUGUUCUUCGGCAGAGGGGAAGGCAGGAUAGGAGGUCGCUAUAUGAAGGUUGUAUACAGGGGUUACAUCGACGACACCUUCACUACCAGACAACCGAGCACCCCUGAAACAGAACACCUUGGAAUCCUGGGCCCAGUGUUGAAGGCUGAGGUAGGGGAUGUCCUAGAGGUGGUGUUUCUGAACAAGGCUGACAGGAACUACACUAUCCAGCCUCACGGCCUCCACUUUGAGAAACGCUACCAGGGAACCAGCUACCAGGAUGAUGCAGAGAAACCAGGCUCUGUGGUGGCCCCAGGCUCCAUGCUCACCUACACCUGGAAGGUGUUGGAAGGCCCCUCCCCCUCUGACCCUCCAUGUAUCUCCUACCUCUACUAUUCUGGCUACGCCCCCGUGGAAGACACCAACAGCGGGCUCUUUGGACCCCUACUGGUCUGCCGCCCCGGAGCCCUGGGGACCAAUGGAAAACAGAGGGAUGUGGAUAAGGAGUUGUUUCUGUUGUUCUCUGUCAUGGAUGAGAACCUGAGCUGGUACCUCCAGGAGAACAUAGAACUCUACGGAACCAACGAGUUGAACCCGGAAAAUGAACAGUUUGUGGAAAGCAACAAGAUGCAUGCGGUAAAUGGCUUCAUGUACGGGAACCUUGGUGGUCUGGAGGUGUGUUCCGGGGACAGGGUUGUGUGGCACACCUUUGGACUGGGUACAGAGGUUGAUAUACAUGGUGUGUACUGGGAGGGGAACACCUUUCAGAGGUACGGCAUGACCAGAGACACGGUCAGCCUCUUCCCUCACACCACAGCCACCGUGUCCAUGCUGCCACACACACCUGGUGUUUUCGAGGUGAGCUGCAGAGUGACAGAUCACUACAGCGGGGGGAUGAGACAGCAGUACAGCGUGAAGUCCUGCUCCAGCAGAAACGCAACACACACCUCAAAGAAGAGCGCCCCCUCUGACACUGUGCGGUACUACAUCAGCGCAGAGGAGGUGGAGUGGGACUACUCCCCAGACCGGACCUGGGAACUGGAGAAACAUCAAGUCACAGAGGAAGACAGUCCAGGCAGUACCUUUGUUGGCAGGGGAGAGAAGCGUAUCGGACCGCGCUAUAAGAAGGUUGUGUACAGACAGUACACUGAUGGCACCUUCAGGACAAAGAUGGACCUGCAGCCUGAACAGGAACACCUCGGCAUUCUGGGUCCUAUAAUACGAGUGGGGGUCGGGGAACAGGUCCUGAUCACCUUAAAGAACAAAGCCAGCCGGCCGUACUCUAUACACGCUCACGGAGUUGUCACUCCCAACACACACACACACGUCGCGCCAGGCAGUAUUGAACAAUUCAGGUGGGAGGUUCCAUUGAGCUCUGGUCCAGGAGAGUCUGAUCCUAACUGUAUCACCUAUGCAUACUACUCUACAGUCCACUUUAUCAAGGAUAUUUACAGUGGCCUGGUGGGCCCCCUGGUGGUCUGCAGAAAGGGCGUGCUGCAAGGUGGAGCUGGGGGCGUGUCCCACCAUAGGAGCAGAAUGGAUGUUGAGAGGGAGUUUGCUCUGCUUUUUAUGAUCUUUGACGAGAACAUGUCCUGGUACCUAGAAGAUAACAUCAAGAAGUAUCUCAAUGUUGACCCCAGCAGCCUCAUCAGUGACGAGGAGUUCAUAGAGAGCAACCUGAUGCAUGGUAUCAAUGGAAAGGUGUACGGUAACCUGCAUGGGUUAACCAUGUCCAAGGGCCAGAAAGUGGACUGGUAUCUACUGGGUAUGGGCAACGAGCUGGACAUACACACCGUCCACUUCCACGCUGAGACAUUCACCUACAAGAUGGACAGUAUCCACCGUGCGGAUGUGUUUGACCUCUUCCCGGGGACAUUUCAGACGGUGGAGAUGAUAGCAGGUCAUCCUGGUACAUGGCUGCUUCACUGCCACGUCGCUGACCACAUCCACGCCGGCAUGGAGACAACAUUUACCAUCACAGAGGGAAAGUCUGAUGCUCCUCGGAUGGUUGACUGCAUCUACACCCUGCUGUUCUCUCUGCUGCUAGCAUUCAUGUGUGUGUGAGUGUGUCUGGGUGUGUGUGUGUCUGGGUGGGUGUGAGUGUUUCUGGGUGUGUGGGUCUGG